AUGACAGCAGAUAGAGGUCUCAGAGUUGAUUAUACACAUUUCAUAUUUUUCACAUUUUCAGAAAUCGAUGCCAAGACAGAGGAAGAGCUCAACGAUGAUGAACGAAAGGAUUUCACCAUUCGAACCUUUUUAAAGAGUUCCAUUUAUACCUUUAAAUUUGAAGCCAUUAACGGAACUGAAAGAAUCAAGUGGGAGAAGGAUCUUAAGGAACUAAUUGAAAUGGAACACGCUCGAUGUAAGAAGUAUGGAAUCAAAACUUUUGGAACGCACAUUGAUGAGAUGAGUGCCCGAGAAAAAUCAACACGAGCUACCAUCUCAGUCCACACCACUACUGCAUCAGUAUCUGCAUCAAGCUUGAACAAUAACAAUGAUAGCAGCCCAACUGUGACCUUUGCAGAUACCACAACUUCUACAAGCACUGCUGCAAGUGGUAGUAGCAAUUCAGGUUCCACUCUCACCAACAAUCCCAUUGUGAGUUUGAGACAACAUUUAAGCAAUGCUGUCAACAAGGAAGAAACAUCUAUCAUGAUCAGAAGAGCAUCCUCUGCCGAACAUAUCUCAUGA